UCCCUCUCGUAUCUUCUCGGCGCCGUCAGCUUCCACCGCCGGCAGUACCACCUCCGACUUCUGCGAGUCCGGUGCGCCCGCUAGAUUCCGGAACUGGUUUCUCUGUUUGAACUUUGUGUUUCAGAAGUCUUAUCUUUUGUGCACCAAUAUCUGAACAAGAAAUGAAUAAGAACAAUGAAAAGCCUUAUCCAACAGAAGUUUGAGUAAUCAGAUGCCACUGCAAAGCUUCUGGGAGUUGAAAGAGUAGCAUGAGGUAGUGGAAUGCUGACUGUGUUGUGAUUUUUACUUGUAGGAUGAUUGCUGAUUGCAGACUCUGAUCAGAACUGCGUGAAGCCUUUUCGAUAAUAGGGUGCCUGCAUUUGCUAUCUGAACCCAACACCUUGGACUGUAACUGAAACACUGAUAUCUCGAGGAGAAAAUUGCAGUUGGUUAUCAAAGGAAAAAGUAGCUUUUUGGCCCCAGUGUUUGAAUAAUGGCAGAGACUAUAGUUACAUCUGAUCAAUCUUCUACUUCCAAGCUCAACCCUGCCCGAAUAAUCUGUCACGUAUGUCAGAAGCAGUUCUCCCAGUACACAUGUCCUCGAUGCAAUUCACGAUACUGCUCCCUCCAAUGUUAUAAAUCUCAUAGUCUUCGUUGUACUGAAUCCUUUAUGAAAGAAAAUGUAGUUCAAGAGCUCCAGCAAAUGCAGCCUGAUGAACAAACCAAACAUAAAAUGUUGGACAUACUGAAGAGAUUUCAUUCAGAAGAGGAAAUGGAUAGCUUGGACGAGGAUUCUUUUGAAGAUUCAAGUUUGUCCGAGAAGACAGUGGAAAAAAUUAUGUCAGGACAAGAAAUCAAUUUUGAUGAUUUAUCUCUUGAAGAGAAGAAACGAUUUCAAAGAGCCAUCGCUUCUGGGGAAUUGAGCAAGAUGAUCACACCAUGGGAUCCAUGGUGGUCGAAACUUUCUGCCAGAAAUAUCCGUCUUAGUAAGGAAGGAACUCAACUUGUUCAACCUCUAGCAGAGCAGGAAUCUGUAGAUGAAACCGAAAGUAACGAAUCAAGCGAAAUUCCUCUCGGCCCUGAAGUUCCACUACCUCCUCUAAGCAGGCUAAGUUCCAAGGAGCCAUCACCGCUUUUAUCUGUUCACCUAGUUGAUAUUUUAUACAGCUACUGCUUCACUCUUCGCCUUUACAACGGAGAUUGGAGGUCAGAUCCUAUAGGGUCAGUCAUGGUUCUGUUGAGUGUGUCUUCAGUUUUAGGUCAAGGUGGGCAGCCAGAGACUGCACUGGAAUCCCUCUCUCAUUGCUUGGAGCAAGUAUGCUCUCCAGCUUACAGACACAUGGGAGGGCUGCAAUUCGGUUUAGGUGUCAUCGACGAUGUGAUCGGUCUACUUUCGUUGGGAACUCCUGCUAUGGUGUGCGCCCUAUGUGAUAUGCAUCGGUUGAUUCAAGAAGGAGAAAAGGAGGCAAAAUCAGAAAAGGCGAGAAAGUUUAGGAGGGAUGAGAUUAGAAGUACUAUUAAAAAGGCAGAGAGGAAGAUAUAUUUCAUCAUGUGUUGGGUUCAUGAGCAGCCAGAGGAAGCUUGGUCUUCUUUAGCAGCAAUUAUAACGGCACAAAAGACAUCUGCCAUGGAAUUUCAGUGGAGUAAUAAUACGGCUGGGAAAUUGAACAAUAAAGCACAAACCAGAGGCAAAUGUUUAAUUGAGGAGAUUGAAUGAUUUAUGCAUUACCUGUUAACCAUAUUUAUUUUUAAGGAUGUGGAGACUUGAAAUGGUUGUUUGGAAAAUGGGUUGCAUGCAGUCAACAUUUUCUGCAGUUGUAAUUUCAACCAUACGUUGAAGAUCGGACAAUUAUAAUUUUAAGUUGUAUUGUAAAUUAUGUUUUAGAAGUUAAACUUAAAACACAAAUUGUCUGAUCUACAUCUAACUCUUGAUGUUUACCGACUGUAGUAAAUCUGGAUCUGUUCGCAAACCUUGCUGUGUACUAUACUUUUUUGCUGUUGUUUUCAAAGAGUUUAGAUUUGAGAUUCACACACUAAAUGUGGAGAAGAGGGAUAUUGUGGGUUUGAACUUGCUUCUCAAUACAUUAAAUGUCUUCACAAUCA